AUGUGCUAUAAUCCUCAAGGCAAAAUAAAUGGCCCGACUACAGAAGUGGCUGCUGUACAUGCAGCGCAAAAGGAUAAAAGCCGGGACUUCGAUCUGAAUAAAACGCCUCAACCAAAACAACCCAAAAGAAGAAAGCACCGGCCCAAGGUCGUAAAAGAAGGCCAACCAAAAAGAACAAUCAAAAAAGCCGCUGCAAAGACUGUUCAAUCUAAAGGAAACCAAGCUGACAAGAGGAAGGCAAGGAAAGGAUUGAACACAACUCCUCCACAAACAGAAGUGACAGGAGAAUGGACAUCGGGGCCUAAAUCAACCGUAAAGACAUGUCAUAGGUCCUUGAGUUUUGGGAGCAAAGAGCAAGCAAUAGACGAUCCUGGACGCAGAGAAAAUAUGCUCUUUGCCAAUGCCAGCAGCUCAAGGAAUAGGGCGGCUGAUCAUAAUGGACUUCAAGAGUGUCCAAAUAACUCCAUUGGCAGAGACGGUUGGAGCACAGGAUGCGGAUUACAAGCUGCCGGCUCCAAGAGAAAACAACCUGGUAUUGAACAGGCAGAUAAUACCAGCAUUAAUCUGUUAGGAGCACAAUAUAAUAAUCUGUUAGGAGCACAAUAUAAUGACAUGAAGGCAUACUGCCUAAACUAUGGGGUUCAAUUUCCAAAUGUUCAGAAGAAAAGGAGAAGCGUCAAGGGGAGAAUUUCAGAGGCGCCAAGUAAAUCUUCUGUGACUGCCACCAAUGAUGUCCAACUGGCAACAUUCUUACAAGAUGCCAGAUCACAUUCUUAUAUGUCAAGUCCCAAGUGCUGGGCUUCUGGUUCAGAUUAUACUGCAGCUGGAGUCCCACUCUUGAUUACAGCUACAGAAAGAGCAAUUAAGGACAAACAUCAACCCCUCGAGUACACGUUAUCCUUAGGGCAGAAGAGGCCAACCAAAAGAAGAUCAAGAGCUUCUACAAGAACUGAUGUUGGUCUAGCACAUACUGCAAAGCAAACGUGUAGCUCUCACAGACGAACAUUUGGUGAUGCAGAAGGGCCACGGACAUGCAUUGAUGCUCUAGUUGCAGAUUUGGGAGCAUCAAUCACGAAAAAGAAACGAACAGGAAAGAGAAGCCCUGUCAAUUAUGCAUCCUCCUGCAAAAAUGAAAGACAAAACACAUUAGCAUGUGUGGACGAAGGGGAAGAAAUUGAAAUUGUGGACGAAAAUGUAGACGCUUUGGCAGACCAAUUUAUUUUCCUAAACAUCAACAGAGAAGCCCCAGAGCGUGAGUUGCAUGAGCAGCAUAUGCUUGUUCCCUAUAAACCCAAAAAAAGGAGCAUAAGACCCAAAGUUGAUAUUGAUGAGGAAACUAAUAAAGUUUGGGCGCUUUUACUUAAGGAUAGUAACAAUAGUGGGAUUGAUGGAAGUGAUGCAGAAAAGGCGAUUAACUGGGAACUAGAACGGAAAGUGUAUCGUGGAAGGGCAGAGAACUUCAUUGCAAAGAUGCAUCAAAUACAAGGAGACAGGGGCUUUUCGAUGUGGAAGGGAUCUGUUGUGGAUUCUGUGGUUGGUGUUUUCCUCACUCAAAAUGUAUCAGACCAUCUUUCCAGUUCUGCAUUCAUGGCACUCGCUGCUCGAUUUCCUCUGAAGUCAACAAGUACACGCCACGAGGAAAGCACAAGUUCGCAAAAGAAAAGCACAGAUGAAUCAGACAGCAAAGAAUCAGUUCAAAGACAUAACAAUGAACAUAGCCCAGUGGAUAGUGCAAUGACUGAGGAAGGGCAAGAAAGCUUAUGUCAGGGGAGCGUUAAGAAAGAGUUACAUAAUAUAAUUUCAUCCCAACUGGCUGGCGUUACAUCUCAGACAUCUGGAGAUUUUCCAACUGAUCAAAAUCCUGAAAAGAUAGGACCAUUCUCGGAUAGCAACUCAAAAAUAGAAGAACUGCCAAGCACAGCCCAGUUCAAUAUUUAUUAUAACAGGACUUCAUUCAGGGAGCUUUUAGAAAUGGCAAGUUCAACUAUGUUGCAUGAUGUUGAUGGUCAAAGAAGCAAAGCAACUGAAAGCUUUACAGGAAGAAGUGAUCAGUCCAUAGAACUGAACCAUGACAACCAGAUAGGAAACUUAGAAAAACCAGAUGUUAUUCCAUACACUUUAGAAACACUCCCCACCAAAGAAUAUACUUUGCAAGUAACCCCAAAUUCUGGAGCACUUCAAGUUAACGGAUAUGAUCGUCUAACAGCAGAAGUCCCAUCAAGUGACUCCUUGGAAGACAAGGAUGAAAACAAUAAGAAAUAUAAUUUUCCAACAGAGUCCGACUCUAAAGGUGCAGUUGUCAAUUCUCAAGGUAUUCUAUCCCAACUCCAUCCCUUGCAGGAAAUUAAUCAUGACCAUAAUCUUUUUCACAUUUCAGAACAAACCCAAGAACCAAAGCAGAAAGAAAGAGAAAAAGAUGUUGGUAAUCCCAGCUAUGAAAAGGGGAAAGGAGAGGGUAAGAAAAAAUCUGCCUUGGUAAAACCAAAAAGCAAGAAAGAGAACAAUUUUGAUUGGGAUAGUUUAAGAGUACAAGCCCAAGCUCAGGCAGGGAAAAGAGAAAAGACAGAGAAAACGAUGGACUCUGUGGACUGGGAUGCUGUGAGACGUGCAGAUGUCAAUGAAAUAUCCAACACAAUCAAAGAAAGGGGCAUGAACAACAUGCUUGCUGAACGUAUUCAGAGUUUCCUCAAUCUAUUGGUUGACAAGCACAAGGGCAUUGAUCUUGAGUGGCUGAGAGACGUUCCACCUGACCAGGCAAAAGAAUUCUUGCUCAGCAUCAAGGGAUUGGGAUUGAAAAGUGUGGAGUGUAUUCGACUCUUAACACUGCACCAUCUUGCUUUUCCGGUGGACACAAAUGUUGGACGUAUAGCAGUACGUUUGGGAUGGGUACCAAUCCAGCCACUGCCAGAGUCACUACAGUUGCAUCUUCUAGAAUUGUACCCAGUGUUGGAUGCGGUACAAAAAUAUCUCUGGCCUCGUCUCUGCAAGCUAGACCAAAGAACAUUGUAUGAGCUGCACUACCAAUUGAUUACAUUUGGAAAGGUAUUCUGCACCAAAAGCAAACCGAAUUGCAAUGCAUGUCCGAUGAGAGGGGAAUGCAGACACUUUGCAAGUGCCUUUGCAAGUGCAAGACUUGCCCUGCCAGCACCAGAGGAGAGAAUGGCGAACACAUCUGGAAACAAUGCAACCGAGCAGAAGCUAUCACAAGAUAUAAAUCAGACGACCUUGCUUCUCCACGACAAUCCAAUUGAAGGGGCACUUCAACAAAUCAAUAAAACCAAUCACCCUAUAGUUGAAAUGCCACCAAGUCCAGAUCCAGACGAUAGUCAAUUUUCACAAGUUGAUAUAGAGGACGCCUUCAAAAAGGAUUCAUCUGAAAUUCCAGACAUACAAGUAGACAUGGCAAAGUUCGCUUUGAGCAUACGAAAGUAUGUGCAACAAAACAUGGAACUUCAAGAAGGAGAAAUGUCAAAGGCCUUGGUUGCUUUAAAAUCAGAUGUGGCACUCAUUCCUACACCCAAGCUGAAGAACGUGAGCAAGUUGAGAACAGAACAUUACGUUUAUGAACUACCCGACUCACAUCCUCUUCUGAAAGGGUGGCAAGCGCGCGAACCAGAUGAUCCAGGCAGAUACCUUCUGGCUAUAUGGACCCCAGGGGAGACAGCAGAUUCCAUACAGCCACCAGAAAGUAUGUGCAGCUCUCAGGAAAGUGGACAGCUUUGCGAAGAAAAUGAAUGUUGUGCAUGCAACAGUUUCCGUGAAGCAAAUUCAGAGAUAGUUCGAGGAACUAUCCUGAUACCAUGUCGAACAGCUAUGAGAGGGAACUUUCCACUAAAUGGGACCUACUUUCAAGUCAAUGAGGUUUUUGCUGAUAAUGACUCAAGUAUAAACCCAAUUAGUGUUCCCCGUAGUUGGAUCUGGAACCUCGGUAGGAGAACAGUAUACUUUGGAACCUCCGUGUCAUCGAUAUUUAAAGGCUUAUCAACACAAGACAUCCAACAAUGCUUUUGGAGAGGAUAUGUAUGCGUGCGAGGAUUUGACAGGGAAACGAGAGCGCCUCGGCCACUUUUGGCUAGAUUGCACUUCACAGCUAGCAAGACGCCUAAGACGCCGAAGACGCCUAAGACGCCGAAGACGCCUAAGACGCCUAAGACGCCGAAGACGCCGAAGACGCCUAAGAAAAAGGGUAACACCGAAAAGAUGUCGAAACCAGCAAAUGAUUUAAACAAAAUUAAAAAUCAGCCAGAAUUGUUUUCCAGCAUUCAAGAGACCACUGAAGCGUCGAGACAAUAA